UUCAUACAUUGACAGUGCUCUAAAAUGGUGAAUAAUAUGGCUUUUCUCCCCCUUCUAAUGCUCUUACUCCUUGCUGCUACUUCAGGAACAACAUCGGCUCGUGAGUUUAAUGUAAAGCCAUCUCAUUCUGGACCAUCUCCUGGCACACCACCGAGUUUUUCUGAUUUUACACUAAUAAACGAUGUAAAGCCAUCUCACUCUGGUCCAUCUCCUGGCACACCACCGAGUCUUUUAGAUUUUACAUCAACUACUGAUGUAAAGUCAUCUCACUCUGGACCAUCUUCCGGCACACCACCGAGUUUUUUUGAUUUUACACCAACAAACGAUGUAAAGCCAUCUCACUCUGGUCCAUCUCCCGGCACACCACCGAGUCUUUUCGAUUUUAAGCCAACUACCGUUGUAGAGCCAUCUCACUCUGGACCAUCUCCAGGCACACCACCGAAUCUUUCAGAUUUUACACCAACUACCGAUGUAAAGCCAUCUCACUCUGGACCAUCUCCUGGCACACCACCAAGUCUUUCAGAUUUUACACAAACUACUGAUAUAAAGCCAUCUCACUCUGGACCAUCUCUGGGAACGCCACCGAGUCUUUCAGAUUUUACAUCAGCUGUUGAUGUAAAACCAUCUCAUUCUGGACCAUCUCCUGGCACACCACCGAGUCUUUCAGAUUUUACAUCAACUACCGAUGUAAAGCCAUCUCACUCUAGACCAUCUCCUAGCACGCCACCAAGUCUUUCAGAUUUUACACCAACUACCAAUGUAAAGUCAUCUCACUCUGGACCAUCUCCUGGCACGCCACCGAGUCUUUCAAAUUUUAGAGCAUCUACCAAUGUAAAACCAUCUCACUCUGAACCUUCUCCUGGCACACCGCCGAAUCUUUCAAAUUUUUCACCAAAGGUUUAUUAGAUGAUUUAUUGUUAACUAAUAGUUGAGAUAAGGGCAUGUAAACCUGUUGUUAUUAUCCUGAGCAAUAAAAACAAAAUUUGAAACUCAAAAUUAUAUACUGUUUAACUAAAACUUAUCAAUGCUUUAUUGCUUAUUUCUAUCUUGUAUUUACUAAUCCAAUAACGGAAUGUCAAUGGGGCAGGGUGAAGCAAAUGUUGACCUUCCCAUCCCCAGGCCAUC